CCUUUCUUAUUUAAAUCCUACAUGAUUCCAUUCAUAAUUCAAGUGAAUCCAAUCAAGUACAAAAACAUAACACUAGCUAGUUAGAGUCUAUAGAGAAUUAUACAAAAUGGAACUUCAAGACACUGCAGCAACUAAAAUUACCAUUGGUCUUCCAUUGGGUUUAGCACUUCUCUUUGCUUGUUUACUCUUCAUUUGUGUCUUCUUUUGUUGCUUAUUACAUUGGAAUAAGCUCAAAUUUUUGUUCCCAUCUUCUGAAAUUAUGAGCCCUCAUGCUCAAAUACAACAUGACUUAACUUCUUCUCCUCAAAAACCAGCAUUUCCUUUGGUGAUGAUGAAGCAAAGCUAUGCUGAGAGCUUGCCUGUAUUGAUGCCGGGAGAUGAGAUUCCUAAAUUCAUAGCCAUGGCAUGUCCAUGUAAGCCUCCAACUGAUGAAAGUAUCACAAUUCGUGUGGACAAAGAAGAAACAAAUGAUUUUUCCGAUGAAAAUUCAUGUUAAUGAAACGAUCAUCAUUUCAGAGUAGUUUAGAUUUCGAAUCCAAGUGAAUAAUAAAAUUAUGGUGGUUAAAAAUCAAUCAUUAAUUUUGUUCACGACGAUUCAAAUCCGGUAUAUGAAUUUCAGAGACAUUAAUUUGUGCUAAGUGAGAUGAUCCACAAGCUCAAUUAAGUGCCUGAAAAAUUAUUAAGGAGCCCAUUUUGUUUUUUGGUUAGAAUGGGAAGAAAAUGGUUCAAAUAUCUACUUUUCUGUUUUUGUUUAUUUUUUUGUUUGUACUUCUUUUCUCAAUAUAAGGACACUUUUAUUUGUUCCUUUAAAGUCUAAGAAAGAUUGAUGCCACAAUCUCAAUGUAACAUUCUACGGUCUUGUAAUAUAGUUUGUGUUUCAAAAGUUUUGAGCUUGAUAUGUCUAUGCUCUUUUGAUU